GGCUGGUGGCUGCAACUGCAAGCUGCCAGUUUGACUACAAAUACCACCGCACACCGCUGGAGGGAGGGGAACCUUCCAGAAGCUCCAGAUUCCAAACCAGCAGGAGUCGCCUCGCCUCCUCCUUCAUCCUCCUCGUCGUCGCCGCGGGGGUCGCCUGAGAUCACAUUAACAAUGGUGAAGGCUGUUGUUGUGCUUGGUAGCAGUGAGAUUGUUAAGGGCACUAUCCACUUUGUCCAAGAGGGAGAUGGUCCCACCACUGUGACUGGAAGUGUCUCUGGCCUCAAGCCUGGUCUCCAUGGGUUCCAUAUUCAUGCACUUGGUGACACCACCAAUGGUUGCAUGUCAACUGGGCCACACUACAAUCCUGCCGGAAAGGAGCAUGGAGCACCAGAAGAUGAGACCCGCCAUGCUGGUGAUCUUGGAAAUGUCACCGCUGGAGAAGAUGGUGUUGCUAAUAUCCAUGUUGUUGACAGUCAGAUUCCACUUACUGGACCAAAUUCAAUCAUUGGCAGAGCCGUCGUUGUGCAUGCCGAUCCUGAUGAUCUUGGAAAGGGUGGGCACGAGCUGAGCAAGACCACCGGAAACGCUGGUGGCCGUGUUGCUUGCGGGAUCAUCGGACUUCAAGGCUGAAACCUGGAGGUGUGAACUCACCUUCCAUCUCCCAGCACCAGAAGCCUGAAACUCUACGAGCUCUUAGCCGUUUCGUCUUUACCUGAGUGGCUACUCUAGAUUCUACAAUAAGCACCUGAUCUCUGCGCAUGGUUUUUGGUGUACCAUUCUGUCGCCCGCAUCGUUGGCGCCCAAUGAACUAUGUGUUUUGUGUUAAACCUUAAGCUGAAGGGUACCAUUUGUAGACUCGAUGUUGCUCUCUUCCUCGGAAUGUCGUUACAUCUGUUCGCUCGUUUCGUCCGUA